GUGAGCUAGUAUGAAAUAAUUUUAGUGGGAUUUAGGUAAACGAAUUUUAGCUCGGGCGAUUCUCCCACUCAAACCCCUGAGAGCAUCAGAAAUCCUAAUCUAUACCUUCACACUGAUACUCUCUGAUACACCUCACGCGAUCAAUCAGCUCUCUGUAUAAUCCGUCCUUCCCAUUGGUUUGCGGCUGUCGAGAUGAGUCUCUCCGUCGCACAGGGCUUCACGAAGUCACUGGCGAUGACUGUUCUCUCUGAAAUCGGAGACAAGACGUUUUUCGCAGCUGCUGUACUGGCAAUGCGUCAUCCAAGGAGACUCGUCUUGGCAGGUUGUCUUUCAGCACUAAUUGUGAUGACAAUUCUAUCUGCCGUUGUUGGCUGGGCUGCUCCCAAUUUGAUCUCUCGGAAAUGGACUCACCAUAUUACAACUUUAUUGUUCUUUGGGUUUGGGCUAUGGUCAUUAUGGGAUGCCAUUAGUGAGGGGGUUUCUGAAGAAUUGGCUGAAGUUGAAGCGGAACUGGAUGCUGAUAUCAGUGCUAGCUAUGGAGCGGCCAAAGAAAAGGAUAAGAACAAAAAGGGUUCUGAAGAUUUGAAAAAGCAGAGGAGGCCAGUUCUCACUCAAUUUUUUUCGCCGAUUCUUUUAAAGGCAUUUUCAAUUACCUUUUUUGGGGAAUGGGGCGACAAGAGCCAGAUUGCCACCAUUGGUCUUGCCGCUGAUGAGAACCCAUUAGGAGUUGUUCUUGGAGGAAUACUUGGACAAACUCUAUGCACUACUGCUGCCGUAUUGGGGGGAAAGAGCUUGGCAGCUCAGAUAUCUGAGAGAGUGUUAGCACUUGCUGGUGGGCUUCUGUUCAUUGUUUUUGGCAUUCAGUCCUUCCUUUCACCGAUUGACUAAGAAUGGCCAUCAUAUUUAUUUUAAUAGCUAGCUUGUACAAGUGUUAUGUACACCCAAAAGUUUUGGGCUUGAACUACUUAUAAGUUCAUUUUGUUUUCUCACUCCACUUUUUGGGGUCACCUAACCUUCUAUCACAGAGAAUAGGGCAGGGCCUACAGUUGGACAUCAUUUCUUUUUUCUUAUUUAUAUAGUGAAAAUUUGGGCUGUGUUGUCAAUCCAUGUAAUGAGACAGGGUUAAGUGAACCUCUCUACACAGCCUACACUUCUUCAAAUCCUACACUACGAAAUGCUAUUUAAUUUGUCCCAGUGUAUGCUCUCAAGUCUCAAAUAUCUACUUCUAAACAUAUUACAUAUGUACUCG